AUCUAAUCUUUCAAGUUUACAUCUAAUUAAUCUAGACAGAGUUGGAAAUUAUUAAACACUUUUAAAACAUGAGUUGAUAAAAUAAAAAACAUUCCCACAUUCACUAUAAAACCCACAAAGGAAAACCGAAAUUGGCCAAUUACCUACCACAUUUUAUAGUGUGAGUCCAAAUUCAAUCACUAUCAUAAAAAAUGUAUUCAUUUUUGUACAUAUAAAAGAAAAAGAGCCUCAUAAACCCUCUAUAAAUCUUCCCAAAUCCUCCUCUCAUUAUCAUUAUCCUCCUUCCAAUUCCCUCUCUUAUUGCCUAAUUAUGCAAUUCAUUCUCACCACUCUCCUCCUCCUCUCCCACUUCCUCUAUGUAUGCUCAACCAGAUGUCCCCCACCACCACUACCGCCGCCUCCUCCCCCACCACCGGAAUGCCCUCCACCUGAAUCCCCACCACCGUUACCGCCACCACCAGAAACUUGUGAAUGCCAACAGGACCUCAGAUUCUUAGACCAAAGACUGGCAGUGGUGUACCCCAUUAUUCAGACCUUCAAAGCCCUCAUCACUUCUGAUCCAUUAGGCGUCACACAAACUUGGGUUGGCUCUGAUAUCUGUAAGUACCAAGGCUUCUACUGUGACCACCCCCCAGACAACAAAUCUGCUGUCACCAUUGCAGCUAUCGAUUUCAACGGCUUCCAACUCACCGCCUCGACACUUGAUGGCUUCAUCGACGGUCUCCCUGACCUUGCUAUCUUCCAUGCCAACUCCAACAACUUCUUUGGUACAAUCACCCCCAAAAUUGCAUCGCUCCCAUAUCUUUACGAGCUCGAUUUAAGCAACAACCAACUGUCGGGUACUUUCCCAGUUGCCAUAUUGAGUGUCACUGAUCUGUCGUUCUUCGAUAUCAGAUUCAAUUUCUUCACUGGGUUUGUUCCUCAGCAACUUUUUGUAAAGAGUUUCGACUUCUUAUUCCUCAAUAACAACAAUUUUGGAAUGAAAUUACCCAUUAACUUCGGCUCUACAACCACGCCUUAUAUCACUUUAGCUAACAACAAAUUCACCGGUCCGAUUCCGAGAAGCAUUGGAAAGGCUUCUGCCAAUUUGACUGAAAUCUUGUUACUCAACAACCAGCUAACUGGGUGCAUUCCAUACGAAGUGGGAUUCUUGAAAAAAGCCAUCGUUUUCGAUGCCGGCGAAAACUUGCUGACUGGCCCAUUGCCUUGCUCACUCAGCUGCCUGGAGAAGAUUGAGCAGCUAAACUUCGCCGGGAACUUCCUUUACGGCCAGGUGCCAGAGGUGGUUUGUGACCUGGGAAAUUUGCUGAAUCUCUCACUUUCAGAUAAUUACUUCACCAAAAUCGGCCCAUCGUGUAGAAAACUGGUGAGAAAUGGUGUCCUUGAUUUGAGAAAAAAUUGCAUAAGGGGACUACCUGAUCAGAGAUCCCCAUUGGAUUGCUUUUUUUCGUAUUUGUUUCAAUAUCCUUGUCCAUUUCCGGCAACUUAUGGCUUUGUUCCUUGUCAGAAGUCUAAAAGUAUCCAUUCUUUUGGUACUGGUCAACAGAAAAGAAGCUAUGUUCCCAUUGCCAAUGGUGGUAAUUCCACACAAAAACCAUAACUAUAUUGGAGCAGAAAAGCAUUAUAAUAAAUAUAUGUGUGUA